GCUUAGCCCUCCCUCUUCCCGGGUCGCUGACCGAGCGGGUGGCCUGCUCAAAAGACAAGCCUAGAUGGCCGGGGAGCAAGGAGGGAGUUCGGGCUCGUCUCCCGCUGCCACGCCAAUAGCCGGUGCCGGCAGGCCGGGAGAAGAGGACGGCGGCUACGACAGCAAGUGCAUUUUCUGCCGAAUCACCCACGGGGAGGAGACGGGCACUGAGCUGCUGCCUUGCGAGUAUGAAGAUUUGGUAUGCUUCCGAGAUAUCAGACCAGGAGCGCCUCAUCAUUAUUUAGUGUUACCAAAGAACCACAUUGGAAAUUGCAAGACUCUUAAGAGUGAGCAUAUACCAUUAUUGGAAAGAAUGAUGGCAGUUGGAAAAGCUAUCCUUCAGUGGAGUAAGUGCACUAACUUGGACGAUAUAAGGAUGGGCUUUCACUGGCCUCCCUUUUGCUCCAUAGCUCACUUGCACCUUCAUGUCUUGGCUCCAGCUAGUCAGCUGGGAUUCUUGUCCCGGAUGAUAUACCGAAUCAAUUCCUAUUGGUUUAUUACAGCUGAGCAGCUGAUGGAACGGCUGAAAGCUGAAAGCACUACAAGUUGAGGGAAACCUGUUCUAAACUACCAUCUUUGAAUACAGAUUAAAGGAUUGGAUGUAGUUGAUAAGAUGCUAGACUUUUUGAAAACAACUACUGAAUUUGCUGCUAUAUGGUGUUUGAACUCAUUAGCAAACUCUACGUUAAAAUUUCUCAGGCAAAUAUCUGAAUGCAAGAACGUAUAAGAUCACUUAUCUGUUCAAAUGCAAAGAACCCUUGAAACUUAUGAGAUGCCAUUGAAAUUUAAUAAAUGUAUCUGAUGUUGACUGUUUUGUCUUAAUACAAGGUUUGUGCCUAUACAAUACACUCCUGAUCUUUUUAGUAUUGUCUUGGUGCUAUAUUCUAACACUCCAAGUGUACAUGAUUUACAGGCACAGAGUGGCCAACAAGCCAUGGUCUGAAAUACGACUUACAUUUGUACUUUCAAUGUAAAACUUUAGUUGGUACAUUAAACUAGAGUAAGAGAAUGUGCUUGAAUGUGAACAGUUUUAAAUAAUUUCAGUAUCUUAAUGCAUGUAUUAAGAUAGUUAGGGACUAAUAGAAAAUUUUAAAAUCAUGCAAUAGUUUGGACUUAGGAUCUACCAUAAAAUAUCAAAUUAUUCAAUGUGGGUCUUGGAUUAAAAUUUAUGUUUGUCAAGGAUGCAGAAAUUGUAGAUUCCGUAGAAUCUGGCAUGAAAUGACUUCCACAUCUUUACUUUUUAAACUAUAUAGGCAGGUAUUUACACAGAUUUGUUACAGCAAAAUGAUUUUAAGCAAGCACUGACAUUGUGUGUUUAGCAUGCACUAGACUAGUAUUCAGGGAAUGCCAAAUAUAAUCCAUGUUAUGUUCUUUAUGGAUUUAAAACCUAUUUUUUAUUUAUUUAAAACGUAGCAUGCAUUUAUUUUAACAUGACUCCUAACUGCUUGUAAAAGUUAUUGACAAGAUUCAUUCAAUUUAUUGUUAAAGGUGAUGGAUAAACAUGUUUAAUCAUGUUUAAAUGUUAAUGUGCUAAAAUAUAGACUGCUCUGAUAAUUUAUGUGAUAGAACUGUGAAACAUAUAACUUAAUGUGUUAUAAAAAGGAAACCUUUAAUAAAAUUGUUACCCAUAG